UCUUGUACUGUAGUACAUCAUAACCAGUCAAUACUCUCACACUCCACAGCUUUCCAAGAUGCAUUUUCCAAGUGAUUAUAAGCUCUAGGAGGAUUAAGCAAGCAGAAUGUUUUAAUGGAACUCACACUCCAGCUUUAUUAUUUAUGCGCACAAGGACACUGCAAAUUACCUUAAACAGAUCCUAAAGCAUGAGACUUCUGAAACACCCGGAUUUUUAAAAAGGUUUAUGCCACUGACUGGGCUACACAACCAUCAUAAAUUCUGCAGAAAAUGAAAGACCGCCUUCAAGAAUUUAAACUGAAAGCAAAGCAACUUCAACUACUAGAAGAAAGCAGCUGUGUUUCUGGUGUUGUGGCUGAGGAACAAGGAGAGCUUGAACAAACAGCUGUCAUAUUUGAAAAGGAGCCAGUAACAGAAAGGUACCUGAAUGAAAUCCAACGACUUCACAAUGAUAUUAACAACUUGGCCACGGAUGUUCAGAAGUUUAGUCAGCAGCAAAAGAGCCUGGUGGCUUCCAUGAGAAGAUUCAGUGUGCUUAAAAAGGAAUGCAGUGCCACAAGAGAAAUAAAAAUUCAAGCAGAACACAUUAGUAUGGGCUUGGAUGACUUGUCAAAAACAGUGAAGAAGGUAGAAAAAGAGUAUGGUUCAUCAUCUGCUGUUGGAAGGGUUCUUAGUUCUCAGCGGGCAGUCCUAUUCCGCCGCUUCCAAAAUAUUAUGUUUCUGUACAAUGGUGCUAUAACAGCCAAGCAAGAAAAAUGCAAAGGUUUUAUUGUGCGUCAGCUUGAAGUAGCAGGAAAACAAGUUUCUGAAGAAGAAUUGAAUGAUAUGGUUCAACAAGGAAAGUGGGAAAUCUUCAAUGAAAAUCUGCUGACUGAGGUCAAGAUCACUAAGGCUCAGCUAUCUGAGAUUGAACAAAGACAUAAAGAACUGGUCAAUCUGGAGAAUCAGGUGAAAGACUUAAAGGGCCUCUUCAUCCAAAUCUCACUUUUGGUUGAAGAGCAAGGUGAAAUGAUCAACAACAUUGAAAUGGAAGUGACUAAUACUCAGGAUUAUGUUCAGGCCUCAAGAGAAAAGUUCAGGCUGGCAGCAAAGUACCGAAAGAGAAAUCCUUGUAGAGCAUUAUGCUGCUGUUGCUGCUGUCCAUGCAGCAAAUAAAGGGGCUUCUGGGCACCUCAAUCCUCUUUGCAAUAACCCUGACCUAGUGUAUGACUUGGAUGGGAUGAAGGGCAAGUAGCUGGUUUACCAGGCAUGAAUACAUGGUGUUACAGUUUUUGUUUUCUCAAGUGACCUAUCUUGUGUGCUGUGGGCUGGCAGGCAAAGGGCACAAAACUAAAGCAAAUACACAUACACAAAUGGAAGGGGGCAUCUACAAAGGAAUAGGAUACUCUUGUCCAUGUUCACUACAUGCCAUCAUUUUAAAGAGCUGUCUGAGGGCUCCUUUUGGGUAACAGUGAGAAGCAGGGUUCCUCUACCUAUUUUAACAUAAUGCGCCUUUAAAAAUAACACAAAAUACUGCUGACACAUGACAGGAAGUAGUUCUGUUAACAUUCACUGGUCACUAAUAAUGCCACAAGCAAAGCAUUGGCCAAACAAGUCCAUGAAAUACAGGCAUAACCAAUUUACAAUAACAUCCAAAACCCACAAAAAAAUUCAAGAUGUAAACUUUUAAAGCUCUACUGGCUUCUUCAUCAGGCAAAGGUAUAAAAAAAAUCAUACAGGAGGAAAAAAUGUAUGACAAUGUAGGUUACACGUCUAAAUUCAAGAUGUUAUUCUUGUGUUCUGUGUUGAGAUGGUGUGAAUGGAUAUCUAUGCAGGCAGCUCCCUCCUCUUUCUGGUGGCAUUGGGAACAAAGCAUUUCAGAG